UAGUUAUAUUCGUCCUUUUUUGCUCGAUUGUAAAAAAGGGCAAUAACAAUAAAAAAUUGACUUUACGUCGAUUGUGGUAUGACAUGUUUUUUAACGAAUCAAUUCAGUUUCGUUUGUUUCGUUCGAUGACCUUGUAAAUGUCAGUUUUAUGUCAAUAGCUGAAUCGAAGUUAACUGAUAUUUAAAUAAUUAUUGAUACAGACGUCACUGAGAAAGUUGGUAGUAUUUGUUACGACUGUAUAUACGAUAUGAAAAUUCCACAAUUGCUAUUGCUUAGAAAUGGCAGAUGCAGAUUCACAAUUGAAGCGGCUCUUACUGCCAGCAGAAGAGAGUCUAUUUGAUCAAUUAUUAAGAUUUGGUCUGUAUAUUGGUGCAGUAUUUCAAAUUAUAUGUUUAUUGGCCAUAGUGGUUUAUCAAGCUGGCCCUUCUGAUAAUGUGGCUGCUUUAAAGGAUGACCCAAGCGAUGUAGAGUGCUCAGAAAAUAGUCCUCAGGUUACUCCAAGAAGACCGCAUAGACCAAGAAAGCAAGAAAAGAAAAAAAGACGUUGAAUUAUUUUAUACACUUUAAUAUAAGUUAAUAGUCUAAUUACUAUUUUUACCUUAAUAAGUAAUGGAAGAGUAUCGUAAAAUACUCUGGGGAAGAUAACUCAUUUUAUAGAAUUCAUUAAACAUAUUGUUCUUCAGUUUAAACAUUAUUAAUAUUUAAUAAUAGGAAUGUGUUAAAUUAUCUGUACAA